CCCCAUCUGCCAUGUGACACGUAUCAAUCAUCCAGCGAGCACAUGUCGGGAUGUAAACGUAUUCUGAAUGUUCAGGCCUCUAGGAAAGUCGAGUAGCUUAAAUGCCGCUGAGCUUUUCACACAGCAGAUUAUCAGCCUCCUGUGCGGCCAUAGUUCAUCAACGCGUGAGUUCCAGAUUAGCCCAGUUCCUCUCUCAUCUGUAUGUAUUAGCCAUUGUGGCUUCGGUUAGCAUUAUUUGGAGUCAAGGUAAGGUGAUGAAGAGAGUUCAGAUUAUUGAGGAGAAGCGGGUCAGUAAAUACACCUGGGGCUGAUGUUUUCUUAAGUAAUAUGUGGAAAAGACUGUCCCGGAAAUAGAUUCCUCUACAAACUAAGAAUAGAAUACAGAUUAACGUAGGCCGUACUGGAGGCUUUUCUAGCGUAUUAGAACCAUUGUUACACGCAUAGGGCUACCUGUAUAAGAAAAGAAGUAUCAAGCUCCAUUGGAAAUCGCAUUGACAGUUUGAGCUUACUAGAACUGUAUGUAAGAUUCUUCGAUAGCAUUCGAGAAAUUGCAAACAUGUCUCAGCAUUAAAUUUCACAAUGGACUUGAUUUCGAGGUCGA